AUGUCGACAACAACGAAUUACACGGAAUGGGAACCCUAUAAGGCCCAGAUCGAGCAGAUCUAUCUACACGAGGGCAAGACCCAAAAGGAGCUUAGUCGGAUCAUAGAAAAGACACACGGGUUUCGAAAAACGAAACACCAAUAUGAGAAAGCAUUCGAGCGAUGGGGCUUCAAGAAGUACCAAAUGACAUCUGAGAAGUGGAAGUUCGUCAAAUACCGCAAAGAAAAAAGAAAGCGAGAGAAUGGCAAGGAAAGUGAAGUGUACAUUGAUGGCAUUCUCUGUCCAUCUAAAAAAGUGAAGUAUGAGAUCGGACGACAGGCUUUCGAAUCCACCAUCGCGAGGUUCACCUCAGCACCUUCUCCAAAAACACCCGAGGGUGUGAUGUGGCCUCCAAAUCUUCCUUGGUUUGCUUUCUCUCAAACACCUGUGUCGCAGAAUCUACCAGGAAACCUUCUGUCAGCAAUUAGUUCCACGUCACAAGCUCUUCAAACUACUGGGUUUUCGCGAUCACAGUUGAAGAGGAGCCUGACCCAAUCACUAGACUCUUUGCUGUCUUGGAAACCCAUCAGAUGUGUCAAAUUGCUCUGGAGCAGCUCUCGAGUGGCAGCAGUACUGAAUGCUACCAUGCCCGAAGAAUAUGAUGAUCAGCAUCGAAUUGUAUCUGAGAGGAUCUACAGUAACGGGGAGUUGUAUCUAGAGGAGUUCUUGCGAAUCGCCUUAUUUCUUUUGUCCAACAAUCGAAUUUUGGGGCACGCUGCACAUGACCCAACUACAACCAGUGAGAAUGAUGAGAAUGGUGAGAAAAAAGACAAACUCAUCAUAAAUCUCCUUCGAAUCUCUGGAAGUCUCAAUAUCUCAAACAUGAGGAACUUGGUGUCUCUAAAGAUCGCAACAGCAGAUGCAAUUGCGGAGAAAUUAUUUGGAAGCGCAGUCAGGUCUUGCGAUUUUCAAGCUAUUGAAUUAAUGCUGGAAGUUGGGAUGAGUCCAGAUAUAUCAAUCAUGAGUGGUGAAGGGAAAAGCUCUAGCCCGCUGGUCCAUGCAGCCCGCAUAAGCGACAAUGAGCUUUCUUUCAAAAUAUGCCGUCUAUUGCUGUUGCAUAAAGCGGAUCUCAAUCAAAAUAAUGCCGGGAAAUCAGCACUCGAAUGGGCCAUCAAGUUCAACAAUGAGGAGCUGGUAAGAAUUCUGAUAUCCAAGGGCAUGAAAAUUCCCUUAAGCGCGUUAGGGAAAGCUUUCAAUUGUCGUUGUUCAAAAAAUAUUGUUGAAAUGAUUAUGGACGCUGAUGCAGACAUCAAAGAAAGACUCGAUCGAGGCAACCUCAUGACAGUACUUGGAUACAUUGUCAAUAAGAAAAACGCAGAAUUGGCAAAAUUGCUGCUUUCACGAGGUGCAAAUCCAGAUUCGUUGCACUCAGUGGGCUUGUAUUACCCCAGUUCUCUUCCUAGAACAUCGAGCUGGUCAAAAUGUGGCUUGCGGAAAUCACUCAAGGCAUACCAAACGACCACACUGGGAGUCGCAGCGUCCAAAGGAGAUACCCCAAUGAUGCAUAUACUUCUAGCAGCACAUGCAACCGUCAAUCGAACAAACAAUUCGGGCAAUUAUAUACACCCACUGGCGUUGGCUGUUAUCAAAAGAGAGGAAGAAGCCACUAGGAUUUUACUGGAAGCAGGCGCCGAUAUCCAAGCCGCCGAAAUAUACGAAGUGUCAGAUGGGGAGAGAAAAAGAAGUUUGUUCGAACGAGCCUUGGAAGCAAAUGACCUACCCAUUUGCCAGCUUCUCCUGGCAAAUGGAGCCGAGGCAGGGGCACAGCUCAUGCAAGAUUAUUAUUCCUCUCAAUUGUGGGAGCACGUCAAACAAGACGACACGGAGACCGUGGCACUACUUCUACAAUCCGGAGCUCGAGCAAAUGAUCUUCGUAAGGGCAUUCCUAAUAGUGCACUGGGCUUGGCCAUAACUCGAAGGAAUUGGACUAUGUUCUCUCUGCUACAAAGCGCAGGGGUGACAGGAGAGAGCCAUGCAAUUCCCUCCAUCGAUAGCGUUGAGACCGCAAGAUUUCUGGAGAAGAGCAACCUGUUACCACAGCUUCUUCGGACUAAUGGGCAAAUGAUACUUAUUAAGGCAAUCCUCGCGGAGAACGAGCCUUUGACAAGCCUUCUUCUGAGCCAUGGAGCCGAUCUACAGGAGCGAAACAUCGAAAAUGCGCACGGAAAAUCAAAGAUGAUGGUCAACACCCCAUUAGAAGCAGCAUUGUGCCUUGGCAAUCUAAGCCUGGCUCAAAUCAUCCUCAGCCGCGGAGGAUGGGUGACUGAGGCUGAACUAAAUGCAAUCAUGUGGAGAGCAGGGAUGGUCCAGGAUCAUUCCGUUCUGCUGAGCUUUAUCAACAUGUUCGGGCGAUUUUCCCUCUCUUCUCCAACUGCAAUUGCAAUGGCCGUGCUAUCAAAUGACGAAGCUGCUAUCCAUCAUUUGUUGGCGGCCGGUGUUGACCCACGCGGUGCCCCAAAACUGUAUAUUGACGGCCCUCGAGAGAUUUUGGAGCCCAAGCCUGCAAACCAUACAUACACCGACGAGAUGAUGGGCUGUUGGAAUUUUGACCGUGUCAAGCAAACAUGCGGUCUCCUUGAAUCGGUGCUCGAAUUGGCAGUGAUACAUGGCAACCGGCAAAUUUUACAAACCCUAUUGGGAGCAACUAUCUGGACAAGGGAAGAAAAAGGACGCGCCUUGUCACUAAGCCUUCACUUUUGGGACAGACAGUUUGUGCAGGACUUGUUAGAUGUUGAUGCAGAUAUACACCAAGAGGUUUUGCUUAUUUACCAUGUCAUGGGACGGCCUUUAACCCCCGUGAAGGUUGCUUUGAGCGAAGGGAAUACUCUCUUAUUGCGGACUCUACUGGCCAUCGACCGCAUUGUUGACCAUACCAACAGCCGAGUGUACAUGCAAUACGCCAUCGAGCAUGGAAACAUUGAACAAUUCAAAAUUCUCCUGACAGCCAACACUGCUGUUAAUGGUCUACUGCAAAACUCGGAAGGACAGUCACUUUUAGAGACUGCAGUAAGGGCCGGGAAAAAUAAGAUUGUGUCUUUGCUUUUGGAAGCAGGCGUAGAUAUUAACGAGACCCACGAGAUGUCUCUGCCUGGAGGAACCGCGUUACAUCUUGCCGGCGAAAUGGGAAACAUGGAGCUGAUGAAGAUUCUUCUGGAAGCCGGUGCGAGGAUUCAUGCUGUACCGACACCCAAGCACGAAAAGACUACUCUGUGGUACGCCAUAGAAGGAGGGGAUCUGGAGGUUGUGAAUAAGGUCUUGGCAGCAGGUGCAGUUGUCAAUGGUCCACCAGUUGGAAAAGGCGGCAUGACCCCGCUACAGCAGGCUGCAAAGCAAGGAAACAUGGAGCUUGUGGACUUGUUCCUCAAAGCAGGCGCAAAUGUGAACCAGGAACCGGCGUCUCACAGCGGGGCCACGGCAUUGCAGUUUGCGGCAAUUCAGGGUUAUUUUGGAAUUGCCCGCAAGCUACUCGAUGCUGGUGCUAGCGUUCAAGCCCCCGGUGCUGAGCGAUAUGGAAGAACGGCUCUUGAGGGCACCGCUGAGCAUGGCCGAUUAGACAUGCUACAACUUCUCUUGAACGAGGGGGUGCUCAUCGAGGGGAAUGACCGGAUUGAGUAUAUCAGGGCCAUCAAGCUGGCUCAACAAAAUAGCCACCAUGCCGUAGCCAAGUUUCUCAAGUCAUUCUCUGAUUGGGCUGAGGUGGAUUGCGCAUGCUACGAAGAACAAACAUUUGAUCGGGAGGGGAAUCCCAUGUUUAUAAGAUUGGUGGGCUGA